UUCAGUGAAAAUUGAGUGGAAAUAAAAUGUGUUGUUUUUGCAAAAAAAAAAAUAAAAAAAUAAAAAAAAAAUUUUGUUUGUCGUCAGAUUUGAAGAAAAAAAGAUACAAUAAAUUAUUUUUAUAACCAUUUUUUUGCUUUGUUUUUGUAUUUUGUAUUUGUGCUGCUGUUUGCUACUGAUCAUUCGGUUUUUUGCUUCGCAACUUUUUCGCAUUGUUGUUGCGGGCGCUUGAUAUUUGCGACAGUCGCGCAAACAUUUUGACAUUCGUUGUUGUUUUGGCUGUGUUUUCAAUUCAAAAACAAAAUACAAAAAUAUGUAAAAAAUUUAUUGAGACAACAAAAAAUUAACUCAUCUCGGCGGUUUGUCCUUACAUUUUGGCUUUUAUUGUUUUGCGUUCGUUUUCGGUGUGCCAAUGUUGUUGUUGUUUUGUGUGCUGUUGUUAUUGUUGUCACCGCAUCAGCCACCAAGUGGCAGCAACACCCAUUGAUAUCGGCGACAUAUGGCUGGCGCAGUCAGUCGUUUGUCGCUUUUGAAACGCGCCGCGUCGCCGCUGUGAAGUGUUUUGUGCGUGGAAAUCAACCGUCUAAUAGGCGCAUAAAAUCUUCUACAGCCACACUAACUAAAUGCAGAAUAAGCACACAAGCAGAUACAUUAAAAUGUUACAAAAACUCAGAUGUGCAACAAAAAAACCACAAAAAUCCCACCAAAAACAAAAUAAUAAUAAAAACACGCCAACAACAACAAAUUAUACAUACAUACAUACAUAUAUAACGUACUCGAUCAUACCUACAUAUGCAUGUGGACCUGCUAACAACGAGUGCGGAUUAAUAAAACCUCAAUUAAGGCAAUAAUAUUUGCUUAAAACUACUGAGAAAUAUAAAUAGAAUUGUGCGAGUCAAUGCUAAGUGUUUGACAAAAACAACAACAAACACCGUGUAAUAGUUUCUAAUUAAACAAGUAAAGAAAGUAGAAGGAAACCUCGUCAUUGUGACACACAAAAACAAAGCAAAAAAAAAAAUAAAAAAUAUAUUUUCUAAGCAGUUUAAGCUGUAAAAAAAAGUAAAACAAAAACGCGCUCAUCUAUAAAAAAAAAAGCUACCAAUUACCGGGUGAGAAGGAACUUGAUUAGCUGACAGCUGAACAUAAAAACGAAAUUCGUCUCGGACUUUUCGCCGUUAUAAAGCUACUUUCACUAAAGUUCGCAACAUAAUCAGCUGAUUCGUGCAUCAUUACCUCUCCUCCGCUUACUGUUAUCUACGCCCAGCAGCUCCACUUGGGCGCUUUCGAACCAGUUGCUGCCGUACCUAGUCACUAGAAACACAACACAAUGCAGCUCUUACGUACACACUCCGGAGCGCUAAAGCUUCCGAUAAUCUACGCUUCUUUGCUUUUACUCUGCUGUCUACUCGUUGAAGGUACGCCCGCGCCUAGCAAAGAGGCAAUUAGUACGGUAAAUGCUACCGCCACAACUGACAGCAACAACCAAUACAACUGCCCAGCUGAUUGUCAAUGCGUUUUGACGCAUAACACACACACCCCAAUGUUGCAUGCGAAAUGCACCAGUUUGGAGGGUUUACGUCUAUAUGAGGCCAAAGAAUCAUCACUGCCCAUACACUCGGUGGACUUGUCUUACUUGAAUUUGAAACGCUUGUCACACCCGCUGGAGCGGUUACCCAGCGUCACCUCCAUCGAUCUGUCGCACAAUGAACUGCACGAAUUCGGUCAUUUGGGGCGUCGCAUUAAGAAGUUGAACCUCAAGCAUAAUCGCAUAACAUCGAGCAAAUUGUCCAAACUGCCGGCGCAUGUGCAAGUUCUGAAUCUACAACAUAAUGACAUCACAUAUUUGCCAUUGGAUUUGACACGUCUGUCAAAUUUGGUGACACUCGAAUUGAGUCACAAUCAAAUCAAUUGCUCAUGUGAAACAUUGGAGGUGCGCAAUUGGCUGCAGGAGCGUCAUGUCUUCAUGGAACACGCCGUCACCUGUACGUAUCCCGUCGAAGUGAAAGGUAAGUCAUGGUUGCAGGUGAAACAGUCCGACAUUUGUGAGCAUGAGAAGAACGGACGCCUCAACGAUGAGGAGGACAAUGAACUGAUGAUGGGCGAUCAACCAGUUGAAGGUUCCGGUGAUCAGGACGAUGAGGAUGAGUUGGGUAAAGCUUUCAUCCCACUCGAUAAAGCAAGCACAGCGAAGACAAAUGUCGCACAACUCGAUACUGUUGAGGGUUCAGGCGAUUUGAGUGAUGUCAAUGCGCCUGUGAACUUAGCUAUGACUACAGUUUUGCCAGCCGUGGAGAGUUCGCAAGAACAUGUAACCACCGAUGCGCCACCACAGCCAAUCGAGCAGGAGGAAGAGGAUGAUGAUGGUUCUGGCAGCGGUGCUGGCAUACUCAUCAUACCCAGUAUUGCACGUGACCGCUUGAUCACAGAUGAUUUCGAUACACCCGAUGAGGAUGACACCGAUGACGCAUUCGACAGUAAGCCAGUGGAGGAGCCCAAACCCGAAGAGGAGGGUGAACAAAAGGAAUCAGCUGAUAUUUUCGGCGCCGGUAUGGGCAUAUUCGAUACUGAUGAAAGUGGUGUGAAAAACGCACAAGCUGCGGAACCUGUUACAGAGGAAGCCAUUGUACCGGUUGUACACCACAACGUGGAGGCCGAGGGUGUGCCCGAUGUAAGUACUGAAGGUACAACGAAUGGUGAAUCAAGCGCCGUUCUGACCGCAAACGUGGCUGGCGAACAGAAGGACGACAGUAACGCCACAUAUUUCCUAUUGGCCGUACUCGGCUUCAUUGUGGUCGGCUUGAUACUCUAUGUGGGCAUCAAGCGCUGCAAGCACAGUCGCAAUGCCGCACACGACGCUGAGAAUCCACGCCAAACCGAAUUACUCGACAUGGAUAAAAAGAAUUUGGGCAAACCGUUGCGUAACGGCAACGAACAUGCGCCACUCAUUGGCGAUCAAACCAAAUCUGAUCUCGCGAAACCGAUCAACGGCACCGGCCAAAAGAAACCCUACGACGCGAGCGAUGUAAAAGAUGGUCCCGGCCAACAACAACCACUGCUGAAUGGCAGCAAUGGCACAUCGCCAAACGAUCAAGUGAGCAAAGAGCAAGCAGCACCAGUGUCAGAGGCAUCCGCACCACAUGAAUACCAUCCGAUCACACCGCGUUACCCCACACCGAAGUCGCCACGCGCCUCCAAAUAUGCACAAUACCCACAAGAGGGUGCCGAACACAACAACAACAAUAACAACGAUGAUAGUCAUCUACCUUCGUCGCCGAAGCUGGGACGUUACUCGCCAGUGUACUCACCCGAAACGGGACGUGUCAAGAUCAAGUUGACCGAAACCCCCCGUCCCAAGACACCGAUGUUGGUGACACGCAGCAAAUCGAAUGCGGGUGAUAUCAUAACGACGCCUGUAGCGGCAACGAACGGCAUCGAUAACAGUCUGUCUGUGCCCGGUGUGCAUGCGCCGACGGCGACGCUGGUGAAUGGCCACUAAGCGGUGUGGCGUGACGCGAUGCGAUGCAUUGAAAAGUGUGCCGAAAGCGAGCCGAACACGAGUGUGCUGCCGCGUACGCGUCGAAACGGUGCUAAACGAACUAAAUGCUACUAAAUUAAAUUUUUAAUGAAAUACAAACAACUAAAAAUGAAGAAAAUACAAACAUCUGGCAGCGCGAAUUGUAUAGGAAAAGAGACUUUGGAAGUUUUUUUUUACAAUUGAGGUGAGAAGGAAGGGUUGAGGUGUUAGUCAAAUGAACUAGUUUAUAAGUAGGUUCAUAAACGUUUUACUGACGAUGUGACCACUUUGAGAUCGUUAUUAAGUAGCUGGUUGAAGUUAUAAAUAUAAUAUUGUGGUAAUGGUGUCUGAGCUAUGACCUUCAUUGGAGUUUUUUUUUUGGCGUGAGAGCUUAGUAUAUAUAUUAAAUUAUUUUUUAAAUAUUUCACAGUUAUUUUCAAGUCUGCACUUUCAAAUAAUUUAUUGUUAUCUUUUAUUUUGUAAACAUACUUUUAUUAACCACUGUAACAUAAUAAUUGUAAAUCUAUUAAGAAAAAAGCGGAACACUUGUGCCAAGAAAUAGUGCCUUAGAUUAAAGAAAUCUUUGUUUCAAAAUAAGGUACAACAACAAAAUAUUAUUAAAUAAGAUAAAUAAAGAAAUUAUAAAUAUUAAAUAGUUUACUAAGCUUCUAAUGAAAAUAUGCACAUAUUCUUAUAUAUUCUCGUAAAUAUCGCGCAGACAUUAUAACCAAACUUGCUUAAG